AUGGGGAAGUCUUCAAAUCGUCCCGCAAUAGAGCGACUCAUAGAACGAAGUCGCGUGCAGGAAGAGCGUGACAAGGUCCUUGCAGAGCUUGAGGCCGCGAGGAUACAAGCACUCAACCAGUCUCGUUGCGACGCAAGGGUAGAAGCCUUAAGGCGUCAAAACUUAGAGACGGCUGAACUCAAGGGAUUUGCAACAGAGUUAGAGCUCACAGUUGAGGAGCAGCAAAAGCAGCAAAAAUUGAAGGGGGAAGAGUUACAGCAAAGAAUUACAGAUACACUAGAACGGCAGCUCCAACAAAAAGAAGCAAUCGACCUUGAGAGGCAGAAAAUAUGCUUAGAGAGUGAAGAGAUACGCAAGCUCAAGGAGCAGCUAACAACAGCACGGGUGAAUCGUGAAAGAGCUGCUCAACUCCUCGAGCGACAAUUUAGGGAAGUUGAUGCUGCGCUAGCGGACGCACGGCUUGAUUUAGCUAUGGAAGAACAAAGACUGGCAGAGUGUGAAAAUGCCCGGCGGCUGGAGCUCGAACGCAGCAUGCAAAUGAAGCGAGUAGGACUAGAUCUAGUAGCGCAGAUCGAAGCCAGGCAGCGCGCCAAACAAGAGGAAACUGUGGAGAAAUACACCCGCGAAAAGGAGCAGGUCGGCGCAGUCGUUGCAAGGCUGCUUGAAGAAAUGGAAAGUGAAAAGCGGCAGUACAUUGAACGCCGUCGCCUCCAUGCACAUAUGAUCGAGGAAGCAAUGAAAGAAAGGCAACGGCAAAAACAGCAGUUGCUUGAAGAAAAGAUUAAAGAAGAUAAUGAAAUUAAGGCAUACCUCGAAAUGCAGCGUAAACGCGCAGAAGACACAGCGCGGGAGAAAGAGAUGAUCAGGAAGGAAAAGGCAAGAGUGCUAAACGAGCUGUUGCAACAACAACUACAAAGGCAGAAAGAAGAAACGGAUUAUGCACAGCUGAUGGCCGAGCUUUAUGAAUACGAGCGUGAAGAACAAGAAAGACGAAAGGAAGAGGCUCAAAAGCAGAAGAGACUAGAGGAAAGAGCUGCGCUCGCUGCUGCAUUCAAGGAGCAAAUGCAGGAGAAAGAACGGAGGAGACAAGCACUGUUGGCUGAAGAGGGACAGUUCAGGCGAGAGCUGCAAGCGAAGUUCGCCAGGGAAGCCAGAAUUGAGCAGAUGACCCAGCAAAGACGCAAGCUCGCUAUCUUGGAGCACAACAGACAGGUAGAGGCAAUUAUACAAGAGCGUCGUCACCGGCUUGCAGAAGAACGGGAAAGGGAUAAAGAGGAAUAUCGCAAAUAUCUUGAACUAGAGGCCGAAAAGCAGGCAGUAAUUCAACAAGAGAGGGAACGACUACUGUGCGAAAACGCAGAGCUUGCGGAUUUCUUGCCGAAGUAUACGCUGCAAGACAAACGAGAGCAAAACAUUGUUAGAAGCGCGAAACAGCAGAGUGCCACUAUUCACCUGGAUUCUGUGGCGUCACUUCCUAGAACACUUCGAACGUUGCCCCUUGCGGAAACCACCGAGGCAUUCACUUGA